CACUUCCCCCUCCAGUUUUGCCUCCGUUCUGCCCUUUGUUUGCAAGUCUGGUUAACAUUUUGCAGUCAGAUGUCCUGUUGUGCAUCAUGAGAACAAUACUGCAGUGGGCUGUGGAACAUAAUGGAUAUGCCUGGUCAGAAUCCAUGCUGCAAAGGGUGUUACAUUUAAUUGGAAUGGCACUACAAGAAAAAGCAGCAUUUAGAAAAGCCAUGGAAGAGCAUGUAGUAACGUUUACCUUCACCCAGAAGAUUUCAAAACCUGGUGAAGCACCAAACAACUCUCCUAGCAUCUUGGCCAUGCUGGAAACACUGCAAAAUGCACCCUACCUAGAAGUCCAUAAAGACAUGAUUAGGUGGAUAUUAAAGACUUUUAAUGCUAUUAAGAAGAUCAGGGAGAGUUCUUCUACCAGUCCUGUGGCCGAGACAGAGGGAACCAUAAUGGAAGAGAGUUCAAGAGACAAAGACAAAGCAGAAAGGAAGAGAAAAGCUGAGAUUGCUAGACUGCGUCGAGAGAAGAUCAUGGCCCAGAUGUCUGAGAUGCAGCGGCAUUUCAUUGACGAGAACAAAGAGCUCUUUCAGCAGACGCUAGAACUGGAUGCCUCUUCCUCUGCUGUUCUUGAUAAUAGCCCUGUGGUUUCAGAUAAGACACUUAUAGCAUUGGGGCCUGCAAAAACGCAGAUCUCUGAACAAAGACAGUUUGUUACCUGUAUAUUGUGUCAAGAGGAGCAAGAAGUUAAAGUGGAAGACAGUGCAAUGGUCUUGGCAGCAUUUGUUCAAAGAUCAACUGUAUUGUCAAAAAACAGAAAUAAAUUCAUUCAGGAUCCAGAAAAAUAUGAUCCAUUAUUCAUGCACCCCGACCUGUCUUGUGGAACGCACACUGGCAGCUGUGGGCACGUUAUGCAUGCCCAUUGUUGGCAAAGGUAUUUUGAUUCCGUUCAAGCUAAAGAACAGCGAAGGCAACAGAGGUUACGCUUACAUACGAGCUAUGAUGUAGAAAAUGGAGAAUUCCUUUGCCCCCUUUGUGAAUGCUUGAGUAACACCGUUAUUCCUCUGCUGCUUCCUCCAAGGAAUAUUUUCAACAGGUUAAAUUUUUCAGACCAACCAAAUCUGUCCCAAUGGAUCAGAACAGUAUCUCAGCAAAUAAAAGCAUUACAAGCUCUUAGGAAAGCAGGAAGUGCUUCUGAUACCGCCUCUUCAAAGAAUGUAGAAAAGGUGAAUGAAUUACAGCUACCUGAAGGGUUCAGGCCUGAUUUUCAACCUAAGAACCCUUAUUCUGAGAGCAUAAAAGAAAUGCUAACAACAUUUGGAACUGCUACUUAUAAGGUGGGACUCAAGGUUCAUCCCAAUGAAGAGGACCCCCGUGUGCCCAUAAUGUGUUGGGGUAGCUGCGCAUACACCAUCCAAAGCAUAGAAAGAAUUUUGAGUGAUGAAGAUAAACCAUUGUUUGGUCCUUUGCCUUGCAGACUGGAUGACUGUCUGAGGUCACUAACAAGAUUUGCAGCAGCUCAUUGGACAGUGGUGUCACUCUCAGUGGUGCAAGGACACUUUGGAAGACUUUUUGCAUCAUUGGUGCCUAAUGAUAGCCAUGAAGAUCUUCCAUGCAUAUUAGAUAUCGACAUGUUUCAUCUAUUGGUGAGCUUGGUGCUUGCUUUCCCCACGCUGCAGUGUCAGGAUUUUUCAGGGAUCAGCCUUGGCACUGGAGACCUUCACAUUUUCCAUCUGGUCACUAUGGCACACAUCGUUCAGAUCUUGCUUACCUCGUGCACAGAAGAGAAUGGCAUGGAUCAAGAAAAUCCCACUGGUGAGGAAGAAUUAGCAGUUCUUGCUUUGUAUAAAACAAUUCACCAGUAUACAGGAAGUGCCUUGAGAGGAACACCCUCUGGCUGGCACCUGUGGAGGACUGUCAAGGCUGGAGUCAUGCCUUUCCUGAAGUGUUCUGCUCUGUUUUUUCAUUACUUAAAUGGAGUUCCUCCCCCCCCUGACUUUCAAGCUUCUGGAACAAACAAUUUUGAACAUUUAUGUAACUAUCUUUCCCUACCAAACAACCUCAUUUGCCUUUUUCAAGAAAAUAGUGAGAUAAUGAAUUCACUGAUUGAAAGUUGGUGUCGUAACAAUGAAGUCAGAAGAUACCUAGAAGGUGAAAGAGAUGCUAUAAGCUAUCCGAGAGAAUCUAACAAAUUAAUAGACCUGCCAGAGGAUUACAGCAGCCUCAUUAACCAGGCAUCCAACUUCUCGUGUCCCAAAUCAGGUGGUGACAAGAGCAGAGCGCCGACUCUGUGCCUUGUGUGUGGGGCUCUGCUGUGCUCCCAGAGCUACUGUUGCCAGACUGAACUGGAAGGAGAGGACGUGGGCGCCUGCACAGCCCACACCUACUCCUGCGGCUCCGGGGCGGGCAUCUUCCUGAGAGUACGGGAAUGUCAAGUGCUGUUCCUAGCUGGCAAAACCAAAGGCUGUUUUUAUUCCCCUCCUUACCUUGAUGACUAUGGGGAGACUGACCAGGGACUCAGACGGGGCAACCCUUUACGACUGUGCAGAGAGCGGUUCAGGAAGAUCCAGAAGCUCUGGCACCAGCACAGUGUCACCGAGGAGAUUGGACACGCCCAGGAAGCCAACCAGACACUGGUCGGCAUCGACUGGCAGCACUUGUGAUGACGUCGCCACCACGCACGGGGACUCGGAGUUUUGUAACCCAGUUGGCUUUUUUAAAAAGAUUAGGAAAUAAAUUCUGGGUUUUGAAAUAAAUUCUUUAUUUAAGCUUUCCUUCCCAGUUUUAUUUUCAUAGCUUCUAGCUCCAGAGACUGUUGAAAAUCACCUUCCAUCGGCAGAUUUUCUUGAACUGUUUGCUGUGUCCCUUAGCUGCAGCCUCCUGGGCGUUGGCAUCCGGCAAGGAGCUUCUCUUCGCGUCCUCACUGACUGCUGGGGGCCUCGGGCGGAAGCUGACGCCUUUGGCUGGGCCCAUGCUUCCCGGCUCCUCUCAGAGACUUGCCCCCGGGGUGGCCUUGCCUGUGCUGAGCCCCCUCCGUGGGGACAGGGCUGGGGACGGUGUGGAAGGGGCCCGGGCCGCAGCCGGACUCAGUGUGCUGGCUGGCUUUUCCGAGCCGGAGCCCUCCGUAGCAGGUUCAUGGUUGCUAUGGGUGGUUUUGUUUUUGUUUUUUCCCCUUUUUUUGGCUUUGAGAGAAAAACCUCAAUUCAAGGGCUUUUUGAAAACUUGAAGAAGAUGCUCAUUUCCCCUCGGUAAUAUUCUGUGUAUGAAUCAAACCCUGGGGGAAAUGGCGAGCCGGCAGCCGCGGAGGCGAAGGCCCCGCUUGGCUUUGUGCGCACCGGCCUUCCUGCUCCUGGGAUAUGUUGUUCCUGCUAAGGGGCCUUCCGGGAACGGUGGCCCCUUGGGAGCCCAGGCGCACUGCACAGCUGCCCAGCGGCAGAGAGCUCCCACACGCCACGGGGAGGGGCGCAGAUCCAGCCCAAGAAGAGACUCUGAGCCUCUCUGAGGCGGGGCUCCGGGACAGGCGUACGCGCCGCGACUCUUGGCAAAUGACUGUUUCCUCAGUCUUGGAUGACUCGCGUCUACAAGCUGCGUUCUCAGCUGUGCAGUGUCCUCGGUAUACCAGGAGGAAGCUCGGGAAUCCACACCUGGAGCUGCAGGAAGCGGCCAUGCAAGAAGCCACGUUCCCGUCCCCCGUGACAGUGACUGGAGCCCUUCCUGCUUGGGACUUGCUCACCCCACUGGGAGACGUCCAGCAGGCGAGAGUGACCGGUUAGAAUCCACCUCUCUUCCCACCGUUCUGGCCUGUUAUUCCUAAGACUGGAUUGUUUGGGUUGAGGGUGGCAUAAUCAAUGUUAUUUGCGCCUUUGUCACAUCAAGUUCCUUUAACUUUUAAAUCCAUCUGCUUUUGACUUUCCUCCAAAUGUUCACCAACCUUAGACUGAAAAUUAUCAGACCAGAUUGCUCCAAGUGAAUCACAGACAUCCUCACCAAAUCCUCACAAUACCCCCAGCUUUCCAGCCUGACUUCAUGGAAGCGCAGGCUUAGCGGAGGGGGUCCCUGAACUCCCUUCUCUAGGAAUGUGGGAGUCUGGGAGAUGAAUUUCCAUGCAAUAGCAAAAGGCACACCCUUUUAUUCCCUGGCCUUAAGCUGACUCCCUACCUAAUAAAUCAUCUUACUUUUAUGAUUUGUUCCGCAUGUUUUAUGUUUAUUGUAGAAAUGUUUAUAUAACAUGAUUUCCAUAUCAGGGAAUAUCUUAUCUGUUUAAUAAAUUGGCUAUAACUUUAAUAUCUGUGGACAAACUUGUAAAAUUUGGAAUGUAUCAUAUGUAAAAAGUUUAAAGCUAUCCAAAUAAAUGCUUUAGGCAUUGACAUUA